GCGGGGCCACGUCCCAGCCCCGCGUCCCGCUCCGAUGGCCGCCCCCGGCUCCCUGCGCUGCCCCCUCUCCCCCGGGCCGCGCCCCGGGGCCCCGCACUGACGGCCCAUGGCGCCGCCCGCCGCCCGCCUCGCCCUGCUCUCCGCCGCGGCGCUCACGCUGGCGGUCCGGCCCGCACCCAGCCCCGGUCUCGGCCCCCGACCCGAAUGUUUCACAGCCAAUGGUGCAGAUUAUAGGGGAACGCAGAACUGGACGGCGCUGCAAGGCGGGAAGCCAUGCCUGUUCUGGAACGAGACUUUUCAGCACCCGUACAACACUCUGAAAUACCCCAACGGGGAGGGGGGCCUGGGCGAGCACAACUACUGCAGAAACCCCGAUGGAGAUGUGAGCCCCUGGUGCUACGUGGCCGAGCAUGAGGACGGCGUCUACUGGAAGUACUGCGAGAUCCCGGCCUGCCAGAUGCCUGGAAACCUCGGCUGCUACAAGGAUCACGGAAACCCACCUCCUCUAACUGGCGCCAGUAAGACAUCUAACAAACUGACCAUACAGACCUGCAUCAGUUUCUGUCGGAGUCAGAGGUUCAAGUUUGCUGGGAUGGAGUCAGGCUACGCUUGCUUCUGUGGCAACAAUCCCGAUUACUGGAAGUACGGGGAGGCCGCCAGCACCGAGUGCAACAGCGUCUGCUUCGGGGAUCACGCCCAGCCCUGUGGUGGCGAUGGCCGGAUCAUCCUCUUCGACACUCUCAUCGGUGCCUGCGGUGGGAACUACUCGGCCAUGACCUCUGUCAUCUACUCCCCUGACUUUCCCGACACCUACGCCACCGGGAGGGUCUGCUACUGGACCAUUCGGGUUCCGGGAGCCGCCCACAUCCACUUCAGUUUCACCUUGUUUGACAUCAGGGAUUCCGCAGACAUGGUGGAGCUGCUGGACGGCUACACCCACCGAGUCCUGGUCCGUUUCAACGGGAGGAGCCGCCCGCCUUUGUCCUUUAAUGUCUCUCGGGACUUUGUCAUUCUGUAUUUCUUCUCCGACCGCAUCAAUCAGGCCCAGGGCUUUGCUGUCCUAUACCAAGCCGUCAAGGAAGAACCGCCACAGGAGAGGCCCACUGCCAACCAGACGCUGGCCGAGGUGAUCACAGAGCAGGCCAACCUCAGCGUCAGCGCUGCCCGGUCCUCCAAAGUCCUCUAUGUCAUCACCACCAGCCCCAGCCACCCACCACAGACCAUCCCAGGUAGAUGGACUGUGUAUGGCCUGGCAACUCUCCUCAUUCUCACGGUCACAGCCAUUGUAGCAAAGAUACUUCUGCACAUCACAUUCAAGUCGCACCGUGUUCCUGCGUCCGGAGACCUCAGGGACUGCCGUCAAGCAGGGACGUCGGGGGAGAUCUGGAGCAUUUUUUACAAGCCUUCUACUUCGAUUUCCAUCUUUAAGAAGAAGCUCAAGGGUCAGAGUCAACAAGAUGACCGCAACCCUCUUGUGAGUGACUAAAGCACCCGUCCGUCCCGGGACGCGAGGCUCCUCCGAGUGCGAGGCCGCAGGGGACCGCCUCCUGUGGUUUCCUCCCACCAACUGUCCCCGCCUCCCCGCCGCCUGCCAGUGGACUGGGAAGGGGCGCCUGCUGCAGGGGCGGCGUGGCCUGGGUCCCUCCUGCUUCAUCCGCUGCACUUCAGAGAGAGACACUCAAGGUCCCAGGGUCCGGGCCUCCUGUGUGUGUCUCUCUCUGAUCUAGGAAUCUAGGAAUAGGGGUGUCAGGACACUGGGGCUGAGAGGACAAAGGCGGUUGUGUCGGGCACUGGGUUCAGGCACCUUCUAGAUGACUGUCAGGUGGUGGGUAGGUGUAGUGUACGUUGAGUCUUUCUCACUGCUUCUUCAUGUUGUCCACACACAGACCACUUUCUCCUGGUCUUUGUGGUUUGGAAGAGGGCCGGGCAGAGAAUUCUGAGGUUUUCUCGAGGGCUGGCCUGGUCCAGUACUCCUAUGUCCCAAUGCCCUAAAGAGGGCCCACGCUCCGUGCUCACUCUGGGGCUUUGUCCUCCGGGCACUGGGUGAGAACAGGCCUCCUCCCACCUGCGUCGGCCUGAGAACGAGGUCUGCUGACCCCCAUUCGUGUUAUAUCUGAAACCUCCCCCAUAGCUUGGUGACCAACAGAGCAAGCUUGUGGAGCGGCCACAUGAAACACCUAUUGACGCGUUCACACAACAGGCUCUGCCGAAAGCUCGUACAGGUGCUCAACAAGUCCCCGUUGGAUUGGCUUUGUCUGGCCUGGCCCCCGAACAGCCUGCGGUCCUGUGGAACCGAGCCAGGCCCUCAUCUCUCCGCGAUGCUCUAAGCUGACUCUCAGCUCAGAGCAGAGAGUGUAACGAUCAUGGUUGGCAUUUUGGCAGCGUUGUCUGAGACAGGCUGGCCAGCAGUCCCUCCUUUAGCCGUCCCUCAUUUUAAAAAGAUGAAACACACCCCACAGCCGGCGUUCUCUGUGGCCCCCUCUGCUCCUUCCUUUGGGGACAGACCGGGGUUUGGAACGGCUUGGUGCAGAAGGAGAGGGCCCUUAACCCUGGUCCCACGCUGCCCUGCCCCCGGUGGGAGGUGAAUCACAGCGGUGGCCUGAGGAGUGAGAGAGGGAGGGUUUGGGAACCGGGGACCUUCUGAGGACCGGCCUCCAAGAUUGACAGCUACGAGUGCAGUGGCUCCGGAUGGAAAGUCCUAGCCGUCUCCAGGUCAUAAGCCCCCACCGGCCACUGCAGGCUGCGCCCAGAGCGGCUGAGCAGAGCCACCUACGCCUCUGAAGGUGAGGCCUGAGCCUUUGUCAGAACACGACCCCCCAAAGGCUGUCAGGCCUUGGGUCUUGCUGUGCCUCUGGCCUCAGAGGUUCCCCCUUCAGAGCACUUUGCCUGCCUUCCCCAAGUCCCUAAGCCACUGCCUACCACGGCCCUGCCUGGGGUUUUGCCCUGUUGGCAACCCAUCUGAAACCGGCUGCUGCUAGAAAUACAGAGAGCCGUGUGGGGCUAGCUGGGAGGUGUCUGCAGGGAGAGGUGACGCCUGGCGACCAGGGAAGACACUAGGAGCUGGCAGGCAGAGGGGCAUUCAGAGGAGGGGAAAGGUGCAGUGUGUCCACAGGAGGGCAGGGGUACUGCCCUCCCCAGCCACCACGUGAGGCCCAGCACAAGCAUGCAUCUGCUCCGUGCUGGCUUCGCGCUUUGAUCUGGGCAGGGCGGUUACCAUGGAGCAGCUGUCCACAGGCCCCUGGGUCUGGAGACAGAGGUCUGUCCCAUACGAGGACCGCCGGAAGUACGCUGACAUGUGCAGUCUCCGGUCCAAGCUAUUCCUGGCUUCUGUGGCAUCUCCUCUCAAACCCAAGCGUCAGGUGUGCAGACACAAAGGGCCCUGUGCUGCAGACAGAUCCGCCCCCGGCACAAAGGGAGUGUGGAAUGUGGCGAAGGGUUCGCCCAGCCCGGAGCCCUUGUUCAGCUGCCUGAGGCUUUCUCUGAUCGCCGACCCUGCUCACCUCAUGCCUCCGGUCAGGCGCCAAGCCAGUGGGUGUCUGGGCCUGCAGCUGGGUCAGCCCUUUCUCAGAGAUCCUGGAAAGGCUGGGGAGGCCCCGGGACUCUCCUUCCGGCUGGUCCUGGCGCAGCCCAAUGCCACCAGGAUCACUUUACAGCCCAGGGAGGGACCACAAGCAACCCAAACCCAGCCUCAGGACAGCAUGCGGGGAGGUCACCAUAAAUUGUCCCAGGCCAAACUCCCAUAAGUCCCAUGGCCACAGUCAGGCCAUGGUCCUGGUCAGAACCUGUUGGCAACACCUACAGAAGGUCCCUGCAGCUAAGUAAACACCUGAGAAGUAACUCGUCCCAGAAGAGGUGGGACGUGCUUCCAGGAGCAUCGAAGGAGGGAGCCCUUGGUCUUCUAAGAAACUUCUUUAGAAAAGAGCAAGCGGGGGUUGGAGGUGAUGGGAAAGGCGUCCCUGAGAAAGGUCAUUAGAGAUGACACAGCAGGAGAUUAUGAAUAGGGGGCCUCCGGGGACCACUGUGGACGGGCUCUCAAAGCAUCCUGUGCAGAGCCUCGGCCCCGAGGUGCAGCGUGGAGGGCGCCACGAGCUCGCGCCUCACUCAGGACCGCUGUGCCCUCCUCAGCCGUCCACUGCCAGCUCCCAGGCCCUGCCUUCUCCACGGGUGCUGUGCCCCAGCCCGAGGUUCAGCCCUCGGGCAGCCGCUCCUGUUGCCUCCCGUGGUGGCCGCACCUUGUCUUGGCCAUGCUUCACGGCGGCCUCGGCCCCUCGAGAAGGCUCUCAGCGCCCCAUGUUCUUACCCAUGAUCAAGUGCUUCCAGAGCAGAGAAGGAGCAGGGAUGGACACCCCCUGUCAGGGCAGGGUAAGGCCUCUCUGUGUGUUAGUUAAGGUCACCUGGUUGCUUCCUGUAGCUUCUGAAGUGUGCGCUCUGGCUCAAGACUCCGAUCAGCCAGAAACCCACAACGAUCAAAGCACUAGCCAGUGCAACUACCCGGACCUGAGGCCACAUGCCCCAUUGUCAGCCCACGGUGGGGCCGUUGCCAAGCCUCUGUGUCCUGGGCACUUAAUCCUCACGAGCACUUAGUGGGCAGCCUCCCAGAUCCCGUCUGCCCUGCCCGCCAAGGCCACCCCGGGUGUCCCUCGGAGCCGCCCACGCCCCACUCUCCACUCCAGUCAACUGGCACCCUCUUGGGUUUCAAAUCUCCUAUUUGGUGUUUGAUGUCUGCUUUUGUUACUACCUUGGGGAUUUUUAACCUUUGAUUACUUCCUCCGGUGUCUUUGUUUACCUUCCUCACUCUCUACCUCCUGGCCGGGUCCCUCAGCUUAGCUGCCCUGGCAUGGGGUGUUUCUCAAACCUUCCAGCCGCAGCUGCCUCCCCCGGGCUGGCCGGCUCAGGGGUGACGGCGCCUCCCCCUCUGCCUGCGACCCCAGGGGCGUGCGCUUUGCGUGGACGUCCGUCUGGCUGAGUCCAACAUACUCAGUGAGACAGAAACCGGGUGUGGAGGAGGGUCCGAGGCAAGUCCGCUGCUUCAGAGAGGACGCGUCUCCGGAGCAGGGUGGGGAGCCGCCGCCCCCGGGCCUGCCCGCAUCCAGACUCCCCGCCCCUGGGGAUCCCGACUUUGGAUGAUAAGGCUUUAUUUGUAAAUAAGCUCUUAAUAUGCAACUUUGAGAAUAAAGUAGAAACAUCGUGUAUUUUAAAAGAUGAGAUGAAGUGUGCCGCACUGUAUACAAUUUAAUAUAUAUUUUUAGGAUUUUGUUAUUUAAGAAAAUGGAAUGUAAUGGUACUUAACUUUUGCAAAAGAGAGAAAAAUGUUAUUUUUACUGC